UGAAUUAAAGAAGUUUAAAAAUUUAAAGAAAGUUUGAAAAAAGGAAGACAAGUUGUUGUUUGUUUGCAAAGUGUUUCUGAGUGAAUGUGUUGUCAAAAAUGUCCAUCUAUCUCGUUCCGCGAAGUACUCACAUUCAACGAGUUAACGAAGAAAACGAAUUAGCAAAAUUGAUCAAACUUCGACUUAUGAAAUACACACGAUCAAGAAGACUGGUGAAUAAGUCUGGACUACUGCUUCAAAUGUUACCAACAGGUGACAUUUUUGCAACACAUGACACUUUUACAUUUCUUGACUUACAAGUUAUCUCUAUUGGAGCAAACAUGAUCGCCUUUUGGGGAAGAGAAUCAGAAAAAUAUCUUGCAGUAAACGAAAAGGGAGAAGUAUACGCUUCGCAACAAGAAUGUCGUGAUUGUGUAUUCAUUGAAAAAUUUACACCCACGUAUUUCAAUACAUAUGAAACGUACCACACAGUAAAUAAAUCAAUAAAAAAAUACUUAACAUUGCAAUCCAAUGGCAAGGUAACAACAUGUGCGCAUGCCUCGCGGGACUCGAUGUUUUACUGGGAAAUACCAAGCUCAAGAAGAAAUAGUUUGGCAGUCUAUGAAAAUUUGUGAAGCUUAUGCGUAUUCAUCUGUGAACAUCGCGGCACAGCCACGUAACUUCAACUAUCUGUAGUUACGUAGCCAAAAAGUCACUUUUGUACUUUUGUGAGACUCAGAAGAAGAAAUAUAGUUCUCUUGACACGACGAAACCUUUAAUAAAUGUUUGCGUAUGAAGAAAAGAGAAAGGAAGAGACAACUAGACUUUGAAACGAGUCUCAUUGUGCAGGAUUUUAAAAGAAGACAAACGUCGUUUCCAGCGAAACGAAACACAUUAGCUUGAAAUAAGAUUUAUCCUAUCGAGCUUAAAAAAAUUACUUGUUGUUGUUGU